AUAAUAGGUCGGGAUCUAUUAUAAUGUAUUUGUACAAUACACCACAACAAAUAAAAGAGCUAGCUUUGGCAGAAAAAACAAAUAAUAAAGUUCAAAAAGAAAGAUCAUGUGGAUUGGUGAUAGUUGUAGAUUUGUAGAUUUUUUUCUGUCUAUCACUCUAUUGAUGAUGUAUUACGUCAAAUAUGGGUUUCAUGCACAUUAAAGCAGAUCCUUCUAAAAUGUUGCGUAACUUAGGGGUUAUCGUUUUAAGCAAAAAAAAUAACUUAGGGGUUAUCGUGAAUAUUUUUGGAUCUUGAAAUGGGAAAAUCAGGAUCCGAUACUCACUGUUACAAGUACAAACUUACAAGCAUUUAGCUAAUUUCUUACUAUUAUUAUAUUUCAAAAAUUGGCAUUUAAUAGUUAGAAUGAUUUAUAUUUAGUAUAUUUAAAUAAUUAAGUGUAUUAUAUUGCAUAUAUCAACGUAGUUAGACAAUCUUUAAAAAAACGUAGUUAGACAAUCAACAUCUAGUCUUGUUAAAAUGUUUGUUUUAAUAAAGAGAAUGCCUACUUUAAAGUCUUUAAUAUAAGUAUGGGAUAAUAAUUCAUUCAAGUUAUCUUGAAUGUAUACUUUGAAUUUUAAGCACAUGAUCUAUACACAAUUUUUCUCGAAUAAAGUUGUCUAAGAAACCUAACCUUGGUUUUAUAUUUUAUAAAAAUAAGGUGGUUUUGAUUUAUGAACGUGGUAUGUGGGCUGUUGACACUUCACAGAGGCACUAGCUACAAUCUAUGAUUAAGACACUGCCAAACUCACAUAAUUUUAUAAAAAUGGUCAUUUUCACCUAACUUUGAAAUAAUGUAUACAACAUCGGAAAUUCCAGGAAGUUGAUCAAUGAUGCCAUUAGUAGAUAUGCAAAUAUGACAUCACUCAACGUUGGUUACAGAUACACUCUUAGCUCUCUCGAAAUAUAAAUAUAUGACUCUUCUAUAUUAGACAUAUUGAGUUGAUGUAUAUAUUCUUCUUGGUCAAAUAGGUAUUCAUGACUAUAUUGAUGAUUGCUGAAAGUUGUGACUGAUGUGCAAAGUUUCAUUUUCUCUACAAAAUUAAAGCUAAACCAAUUAAACUGUGAUUUACUUCCCAAAAUUCAGAGCCAUAACCAAUUCUUUUCAACAAAUAGUUUUGAUAACAAAAUUGUCUAAUAUACUACGUAUUUGGCAUAAUUUUCUUUACGAGUUUUUACGUUUCUCUCUAGUAUAUAAUAUAUUUAUAUGACUAGAAUAUUACAACUACUAUGUAAAGAUUAUAUAAAAUACGGCAUAUGAAUAUAAAUUUCACAGCUAUUGAUGCAUGUCCUAUUCUAUGAGUUGUAUUUAUUUUAAAUAUAAUUAUUUGUAACUAUAUAAUAAUUAUUUAUUCAAUAACAUUUGAUUAGUAUUUAUCAAAUUUUUUAUUUUGAUAAAUUACAACUUAUUUAAUCUAUAGUAUAAAAUUAUUAUUUAAAAUUAUAAUUUUCUUUAAAAAAUAAUAAUCAAAUUAAUAUACCUACAACACAAGAAAAAAAUCUACCGUUCAGGUUCUUAAAAAAAAAAUCUUGAACUACAGCAAUAACCAAUCGGGGUGGUUAUUAGGCACUAUAUAGCAGCAUCUUUAAAUUCAGCUACUGUGGACUUAGUCUAUCUAAUGUGGGCUUUGAUUUGUCACCAAAAGCUAACAAGAUUUUGAUGAGAACAUAAACAUAAAGAAAGGGCAGCUAAAAAUAUUAUAUCACACAAUGACAAUAUACGUAUAUGAAAUCUAUCAUGUUAAAUCCUAAAAUACUUUAGCUAAUGGGCUUAAUUACAGUUUUGGGCUUGUGCUUUCUACUUAAACUUUGUUUCAUGUCACCUUAUAAACGGCUAGUUGUUGAUAAACGUGAAAUUUGAAUUGCUUAUCGAGUGCAGAAAAGCUUUGGUUUUAUUAUCUUUCAUGUAAGAAAACGUAACGGCGACAUUUUUUCAAAACUAAAACCGUUGGUUAACCAGCUUUGGGUUUAUCACCUUUGUUUACUAUGAAACCAGCGCUUACUUUAUCCUUGACAAUUUUCAUCCCCAUUAGUCUCACUCAUAAGUCAUAACCAUACACAAAAAAUAAAAUUAAGAGAACGAAAACAAAAUUUCAGAUUUGACCAAAUGAAUUAUAUUGGUUUCUUGGUAAUAACCAAGAAAACAUUUAUUAACAAAAUCUGGUUUCUUUUAGAACUCGUUUCCAAAUAAAAAGAUGCGUUACUAAUACUCCCUCCGUUUUUUAAUAUAAGUCGUUUAUCUCUUGACGCAUAUUGUCUUUUGAAAUUAAAACACACAAUAAAAGCUCUGCUUUGCUUAUCUCUUGACGCAUAUUGUCUUACAAUGGGAGACAAACAUCAGCCAUACCUUAACGGCACAUACUACGGCCCAUCGGUUCCUCCGCCGCUUAAGUCCAGCCGCCGAUACAAACCACCUGGAUGCUGCUGCUGCUUCAACUGCAUUGGAAGCUGUCUACGUUGCUGCGGUUGCUGUAUCCUAAGCCUAAUCUGCAACAUCCUCGUAGCCGUAGCCGUUAUCCUCGCCGUAACGGCAUUACUUAUCUGGCUCAUCUUCCGUCCCAACGCCGUCAAAUUCUACGUAACCGACGCUAGUCUAAACCGGUUCAGCUUGGAUUCAAACAACAGCAGCAACCUCCACUAUGAUCUCAAUCUCAACUUCACGAUCCGUAAUCCUAACCAGCGGCUGGGAGUCUACUACGAUGCGAUCCAGGUCAGUGGUUAUUACGGAGAACAGCGGUUCGGUUAUGUAGACAUUUCGCCGUUCUAUCAGGGACAUAAAAACACGACGGUUGUUGUGACAAAGAUCGAGGGACAGAACUUGGUGGUGCUCGACGACGGAGGGAGAGCUGGAGUUUACAGUAUCGAUGUCAAGCUGGUGAUGAGUGUUAGGUUCAGGUUUUGGGUGGUAAAGUCAUGGAAAUUCAAACCGAAGAUUAAAUGUAACGAUCUUAAGGUUCCUCUCGUAUCCUCUAAUUCAACGAGCGGGUUUAAGUUUGAAACUAUGGAGUGUGAUUUUGACUUUUAUUAGCCAAACUUGCAGUUUUAUGAAUUGUUGUGGGAUUAUAUGUUGGAAAAGAAAAACUUGUGGAGUAUGUAAAGUGGUAGUGUUGGAGAUGGAGUCAUGAACAUAUACUCUUGUCUAAAAAACUUUUAUGUGACAGUCCUGCAUCACUUAGUUCUGAUUCAUGCAAUAGAUUUUUAAUUUUUUUUUUCUGAAUAAUGAAAAACUGUUUUGCACAAUAAUAACAACUGCUACACACUUCACUUGAAUACUUGAUCAUCUGAAUAUGUAUUUGUAACCAC